CCCUUUCGAUUGUUGCCAAGUGAUGGAGUAGUAAUUCAAUUGUGGUCAUACAGGAUAUAUAAGUAUAUAUACAUAUAUAUAUAUACAUAUACUGUAUAUGUAUACAUAUGUAUAUAUAUUAUAUAAAUUAUUAUAUAGAUGAUUAUUAAAAAGAGUUAGCACAGUGUCUUUAAUAGUGAAUACCCUAACAUUUUUCUCAUAUAACAUAGACUUUAUCAAAGACCCGCAGGCGUUUAUUAUCGCUUGGGAGAAUAAUGCAAAAAGCUCACUUGGACAACUUUAUCUCAGAUGUAAAAUUAUCCCUUGAUUUGUAUGAGGAUGGAUUUAAUCGUAUGAGAAAAGAAGUGAUUGAUUUAUGCGGAAAUCAUACAGUCUGUGACGUUCCUCAUGUUCUGGAUCAGAUUCCUACAAGGGAAGAUAUAGAUAGCAAAUGGCAUGUGGCACCAUUAGCUCUCGCCUUAUUUAGAAAACAGUUUAACCUAUUCGAAUCUUUGCUAACGAAAGGAAUGAGACCAAACGGAAGAUUUGUGUUGAAUGGCUGUGAAACAACAUUAUUGCACGAGGCUGUAAAGGACGGGGGCUAUGACCAAGCAAUUCCUGAAUUGCUAAAAAGAGUUGACGUUAUAACGUACACAAAAAAUAGGGAAACUCCGCUUUAUUUAGCAUGUGAGUCUGGAAAUGAAGCGGCUGUUGAAAUAUUACUAUAUGCAAUGAAAGAGAAAACUGAUAGAAAUUUUGAUUUAUUGUACUUGAAAAGUUUAGGUCUUGCUGCGCUGAACGGCCAUGUUGGUAUUGUUAAAAUUUUUGUAAAAGACUUGUCGUUAGGUCUAGAAUUAAAUUUGAUAACGGAAAAACUUGGUUUAUCAGUCAUUCAUUCGGCCUUGAAGGGUAAUAAACUCGACGUGGUUAAAGAAUUGUGCCAUAUGCCGUGUGCAAAACAAAUUCUUGAUCAAAAAUCAGCGGAUGGGUUAACACCUCUACUUCAAAUAUGUGCUUCACCAACUCUAGAUAUAGAAUAUUUACGGAUAAUUCUUGAUGCGGGAGCUGAUAUUAAACAUUUUCAUUUAAAUGAAGAGAAUAUUAAAAUGGACGCCUUGAAAUAUGCUUCAGAGACUGGUCAACCAGAAAAGCUUAAAGAGCUCCUGGAAAGAGGAGCUACAACAGAUAACGAUGAAGAUGACGUUAGCGCAUUAAUGCUCUCCUGUCACGGUAAAUCUGGUAAAUGUGCGGAACUCUUAAUAAAAGCAGGAGCUAAUUGGAAGGAGGUUCAAAAAUGUCCAUCAGGAACGAAUUGUGAAGUUCUUGAUUACGCUGUUCAGAAGAGUGCUCCGGAAGUUCUACAAGUAUUAGUAGAUAAGGGAGGAAUUUUGUGGAAUAAUUUGCUAUAUACCGUCAGUAUAGCAGAACCUAGUAAAGAUUCGGCUGAAACUGCUGAUAUUCUUCUUUCUAAUGGUAUGGAUUCAACUUUAGAAAAUAGCGACGAAGUCUUUCCUCUCUUUAAACUAGUUCAAAAGCAGACUCGUAACGAAUACAACAGAGUUCUUGUCAAAUUCCUACAGCACACUCCAGCACCUGAUAAUUUGGCUAUGCAAAUGAUUCAAUAUUUCAGUACAUCAUUUAGUGUUGAAUUAAUACCAUUGACAUCUUUCGUUUUACUGCAUAUAGCUUCAUAUCCUGUUGCUGAGGCUAUACUGCCUUUAGAUUUAAUGCUGCCAUCAAAAUUUACAACCUGGUUAAUGCAAGAGGCCAAUCAACCUCAAUCGUUAAAGAGAUUAUCAAGGGCUCUCAUAAGACACCGUAUAGGACCGGUAAAAUUAAAGAAAAAAUGUCAGAUGCUACCUUUACCGAACUUAAUGAUUAAUUAUCUAAUGAUACCAGAACUAGAAAGCUACGAAGAGGAUGCAAGUGAUAUAGCAAAUUGGGAUGAGUGA